ACUUCCGCCUGCCUCCUCACCGAGGCCAAGAUACCUGCUCCGGGCUUCGCUCACCCGGGAAGAGGUUUCGCAGUUCUGCGUCCAUACCGACUUCACGCGACCUAGAAGAGGCGCGAGGAGGCGCCGACCCUGCUGCACGGUUGCGGGUCCGCAGCUCGGCGACGCCGCCAGGGCUGCCCGCGCCGGGCCCGGGACCCGGACCACCGGCCCGGGUGUCCAAUCCGCCCACCAAGUCUGAUGGCGGCGGCCGCGCCCGGGGACCCGGCUCAGGGCAGGGUGACCUUUGAAGACGUGGCCGUGUACUUCUCCUGGGAGGAAUGGGGUCUCCUUGAUGAGGCUCAGAGAUGUCUGUACCAGGAUGUGAUGCUGGAGAACUUGGCACUUAUAACCUCCUUGGGUCGUAGGCAUGGAGCAGAGGAUGAGGAGGCGCCUGAGCACAGGGUUUCUGUACAAGGAGCGUCACAGGUCGGGACUCGCAAGGCAGUUGUGUCUCCCCAGAAGGCCCGUCCUCGUGAGGUGUGUGGCCAGGACUUGAGAGACAUUUUGCUCUCCACCGAGCACCAGGCAACACCUUGUGGACAGAAUCUCUACGAGACGGGGGCAUGUGAGAGACAGUUGUAUUUCAACGUCAACCUUCCGCACUUGAAGCAGCACACUGGAGAGAAAUGCUUCAGAAGCAAUAUGGACAGAGCCUCUUUUGUGAAGGACUACGAAUUCUGUGUGUCAGGGAAACCCCUUUCCUGUGGGGAGGUUGUGAGGGACAUCUUGGCCACCUCGAGAUUCCUCCAGCAUCAGGCCACACGCAGCAGGGGGAAGUCGUACAGGAGGACUGGGUAUACGGCAUCCUCCCCUGGAUGGAGAGUGCAACGCAACUGGGCCGAAGGCACGAACGACUUCACUUGCAAACACACACUUGUUCAUCCCCAGAGAGACCUCGCUAGAGAAAGAUGCUUCCUGUGCAGUGAAUGUGGGAAAUCUUUUAGCAAAAGCUACAGCCUCAAUGACCACUGGAGAGUGCACACUGGGGAAAAGCCUUAUGAGUGUGGGGAAUGCGGGAAGUCCUUUAGGCAGAGCUCUAGCCUCAUUCAGCACCGGAGAGUUCACACUGGAGCAAGGCCUCACGAGUGUGACGAAUGUGGCAAGUUAUUCAGCAACAAGUCCAACCUCAUUAAACAUCGGAGAAUUCACACUGGAGAACGGCCGUAUGAGUGUCGUGAGUGUGGGAAAUCCUUCAGCGAAAGCUCUGCGCUCCUUCAACACCGCAGUGUUCACACUGGAGAGAGGCCGUAUGAGUGCAGCGAAUGUGGGAAGUUCUUUACCUACCACUCCAGUCUCAUAAAACACCAGAGAGUUCACUCGGGAUCGAGGCCCUAUGAGUGCAGUGAAUGUGGAAAAUCCUUUACUCAGAACUCCAGCCUCACUGAACACCGUAGAGUUCAUAGUGGAGAAAGGCCUUAUAAGUGCAGCGAGUGUGAGAAGUCUUUUAGCCAAAGCUCUGCGCUGCUUCAGCAUCGGAGGGUUCACACUGGAGAGAGGCCUUACGAGUGCAGCGAAUGUGGGAAAUUCUUUACCUACAGUUCCAGUCUCCUCAAACACCAGAGAGUACACACUGGAUCAAGGCCUUAUGAGUGCAGUGAAUGUGGGAAGUCCUUUACUCAAAACUCCAGUCUCAUUAAACACAGGAGAAUUCACACCGGAGAAAGACCUUACGAGUGCAGUGAAUGUGGGAAAUCCUUUAGCCAUAGUUCUAGCCUCAUUAAGCACCGAAAAGUGCACACUGGAGAAAGGCUUUAGGAGUACAGGAAGCCCUUUAUCUGUGGGGAGAUUGGUAAGGACUUCUUGGCUAGCUCAGGAUUCCUCCAGCAACAGUCCACACACGCAGGAGAGAAGUCAAACAAUGGAACUGAAUGUGGGGCAGCCUUCCACAAGGGAAAAACUCAAUGCCGCUGCGGAGACAGCACAGAAGCUUUCAGCCACAAGCACACAUUCGUUCAUCACCAGAGAGUCCGCCCUGGAGAAAGAUGUUACAUAUGCAGUGAAUGUGGGAAAUCUUUUAGCCAUAACUCUAGCCUUAUUAAACACCAGAGAGUUCACACAGGAGAAAGGCCUUAUGAGUGUGGGGAAUGUGGCAAAUCCUUUAGCCAGAGCUCCAACCUCUUCCAACAUCGGAGAGUGCACACUGGAGAACGACCUUAUGAGUGCAGUGAAUGUGGGAAAUCUUUUAGCCAAAGCUACAGCCUCAAUAACCAUCGGAAAGUUCACACUGGAGAAAGGCCAUUUGAGUGUGGAGAAUGUGGCAAAUGCUUCAGUCAAAGAUCCAACCUCAUUCAACAUCGGAGAAUUCACACUGGAGAAAAGCCUUAUGAGUGCAGUGAAUGUGGGAAAUCCUUUAAUCAAAGCUCUGCGCUCCUGCAACACCAUACCGUUCACACCGGAGAACGGCCCUAUGAGUGCAGUGAAUGUGGGAAGUCCUUUACCUAUAAUUCCAGUCUUUUAAAACACCAGAAAGUCCACACAGGAUCAAAGCCUUAUGAGUGCAGUGAAUGUAGGAAAUCUUUUAGCCAGAAUUGUAGCCUCGUUCUACAUCUGAGAGUUCACACUGGAGAAAGGCCUUAUCAGUGCAGCAAAUGUGGAAAAUCUUUUAGCCAAAGCUCGGCGCUCCUUAAACACCAGAGAGUUCACACAGGAGAAAGGCCAUAUGAGUGCAGUGAGUGUGGGAAGUCCUUUAGGCGAAGCUCCAACUUCAGUGACCAUCGGAGAGUUCACACUGGAGAAAGGCCAUAUAAGUGUAACCAGUGUGGGAAAUCCUUUAGUAAAAGCUCUGGCCGACACCAGAGAGUUCAUACUGGAUUGGGCAUUAUAAAUAUCUUGAAUGAGAAAGGCAUUAGCCAAAGGCCUUACCUCAUUGACUACGACAAAAUUCACAUGGGAUAAACAACUUAGAUAUGUAGCAAAUGUAUUUCCUUGUUCGGUAUAACAACACUCGAGAUCUGUUUUGAGGGUGCUGUCUGCCUGAAUUGAGCCUCAUACAUCCAAACAUCAAAAUAAAUUCCAGGUAUGUGGAGCUGUGUUGUGUGUGUCAGCUCAGGCCCCUGUGAAUUUUUAUUACUGUUGAUUCUGUAGCAGCAGCCAUUUACCUCUCCCACCUGCAGGUGCCGGCAUGUGUAUCAUUUAUCCACUCUGACGUGUUCAGCGAAGUAAACCUUGGUGUUUUCCCAUUCACUGGGUAAAUGUGAGAAGCCAGAGUGCUCAUUCUUUUCUCUCUGAAUAGUUAGGGCAUGAAUGACCCCAUUGUGUUCUAGAGGACUCCAUCCGAGUUCUGCUCGUGAUGUGAAAAGUGACCAUUUUAGGGAUAUUAUUGAUCUGGUGACUCUCGUGAUGGAAUUUCCAGCCUCCAAGCCACCAACCGAGGAACAGCCUUCCUCUAUUACUCUGGUUUGUGCUGUAACAAAGGCCUGAUUGUGUAAGCCACCUUUAUCUUAAGGGUUAGAUUCACUUUAUGGGGUGCUUUCAGAAUGGCAGGAGAAACAGCUGCCGUGGACACCCCAAUCUUUGUGUGCUUCAGGGGGAUGGAAGGGUGGUAGUCCUCCCUCUAGUUUGGUCCUUGUUUGCAUUGUUGCCCAAGGCCUCUAAGGAAAUUAUGUAGGGUUUUGUGGUUAAAUUGUAGCCUGGAUGCCAGGACAUUUCGUGGUGUCAGCACUCACCCUGACGAGGGGCCAGUUGUGACAACCUCCAGUACUUCUGGGAACAACAUGAAAUCGUUCUCUUGUUUGCAGGGGAUAUUGCAUCAUGCUCAGCACUGGUGCAGGAAAUCUGUUCCCAGUUCCUGCAGAGGAGUGGUGUACCCUGAUAUCCAGAAUUUUCUGUGGUAGUGUCUGAAAGUGUCUUUCUGGCUGAAAGAUUAUAGGGGGAAUCAUAAUUGUACACAAUUAGAGGAUUAAUGGAGAGGGAGGGGACACCUGGGAGGCUCAGUUAAGCGUCUGCCUUCGGCUCAGGUCAUGGUCCCA